AUGGACUCAGCGGUGCUUGCGCAGGAGGAGCUCUCGAGUCCGCGGCAGCGUUAACUAAUCAUUAAUUAGAACGCGGCAGAGCCAAAGUCUGCCCGGAGUCACUCAGCCAUCGCGUUCCCCGUCCCGGUGCCGAGGAUGUGGCUGUACCUGGCGGCGGUGCUGGCGGGGCUGUUCCUGCUACGGCGCUGGCACCGGGAGCGGCAGACGGUGCCGAAGCUCUCGGAGAAGUACGUGCUGAUCACGGGCUGCGACAGCGGCUUCGGGAACCUGCUGGCCCGGCAGCUGGACGCGCGGGGGCUGCGGGUGCUGGCCGCCUGCCUGACCCAGCCGGGGGCCGCGCGGCUGCAGGCGGCCACCUCCCCGCGGCUGCAGACCGUCCUGCUGGACGUCACCUCCAGCCACAGCAUCGCUGCCGCCACCGCCUGGGUCCGGGAGCGUGUGGGCGACCGAGGGCUUUGGGGGCUGGUGAACAAUGCGGGAAUCGCCAUCCCCACUGCCCCCAACGAGUGGCUGACCAAGGAUGACUUCGUCAAGGUGCUGGAUGUCAACCUGGUCGGUCUCAUCGAGGUGACAGUGAGCCUCCUGCCCCUGGUGCAGCAAGCCCGGGGCCGGGUGGUCAAUGUGGCCAGCGUGAUGGGCCGGAUCUCCUUUUUUGGCGGGGGUUACUGCAUCUCCAAGUAUGGCGUGGAGGCCUUCUCCGACAGUCUCCGGAUUGAGAUGCGCCACUUCGGGGUGAAGGUCUGCAUAAUCGAGCCAGGGUACUUCAAGACAGAGAUCACCAGUGCUGAGAGACUGGAGAAGAAUUUUCUGGCCAUUUGGAAUAAGCUCCCAGAGGAAACCAGAGCAAGUUACGGGGAGAGUUACCUGAAGGAGUUUUUGGUGUCUCUAAGGAAGAUGCAGAGCAGAUGCAACUCCAACCUGCGGCUGGUGACAGACUGCAUGGAGCACGCACUGACCAGCCGCUUCCCACGCACCCGUUACUCGGCAGGCUGGGACGCCAAGCUGCUCUACCUGCCCCUCAGCUACCUGCCCUCGGCUUUCGUGGACAUUGUGCUCGGCUGGUCCUACCCCAAACCUGCCCAGAGGGCCUGAGGCAGGGCUGCAGGGUGGGCAGCUGGCAGCAGCACUGGCUGGGACCAGUGUCACCUGAUGCUGUGCCAAUGGGUUCUCAAAUUCCUACCUCCAUGUAGGUCUCUGCCCGCUGUCCUCUGCUAGCAGAUGGGUUUGCUUCUGAAUAAAGACAACUCCUUGUUCCCA